GUCCUAUUGGGCUUGCCUCUUGUUAACUGUUUUCAUUACUUUACUUCACCCACUAAACCCUAAAUUCUACUAUUCACAAAUUCUGCUUUGCACCCAACUUCCUACUGAGAAUUCCAAGAAUCGUUUCAAUGUUUUAGUCUGAUCAAUUGCUUUGGGGUUUCCUUUCUCCCUCGAUGAUUAUUCCAGGUAUUCUCUUCAAAUCCCAAACCAGUUUUUCUUCCAUUUCCAACCUUAAGCUUAACUUCAAAUCUUUCUUAAACCCUAAGUUCACCCUCCAAUUUAACCCCAUUUCAAGCCUCAAAGUUGUUUGGAGAAAAGAUUGGACAUUAGAUAAAGCCAUUGAAAACGAUAAACGAUACAAGCUCUGUGCCCGGGUCGUCAAGGAAGUCCUAAAGGAACCGGGUCAAGCCAUCCCACUCCGCUACGUAGACAAAAGGCGGAAGAGGUUACGCCUUAAUGUCGGAGUUAAAACCUUCAUUAACAAUAACCCGGGUCUUUUUGAUACCUACUAUGAUCGGAUUAGACCAAAAUCCAAUCUUGUCCCGUUUUUGCGGCCUAGUAAUAGGCUGAGGAAUUUCCUAGAAGAAGAAAAACGGAUUUGUGAUGAAAAUGAGGAGUUGGUUGUUUCUAAGCUUUGUAAGUUGUUGAUGAUGUCUAGAUAUAAGGUGAUUAGUGUGGAUAAAUUGGUUCAUGUGAAGAGGGAAUUUGGUUUGCCAAAUGAUUUUUUGGUUAACUUAGUGCCCAAGUAUUCGAAUUACUUUAGGUUAACAGGGUCCCCUGGAGAGGGGCAAUCGUUUCUGGAAUUGGUUGAGUGGAAUCCUGAGUUCGCUAAAUCUGUUAUCGAGCAAAGAGCAGAAGAGGAAUCCCAGUUAACAGGGAUUCGAGUUAGGCCAAAUUUUAACUAUAAGUUACCACGGGGGUUUUCUCUUAGGAAAGAAAUGAGAGAAUGGGUUAGGGAUUGGUUGGAGUUAGAUUAUAUUUCUCCAUAUGAGGAUGUGUCACAUUUGGACCAAGCCUCACGAGAAAUGGAGAAGAGGAUGGUGGCAGUUUUGCAUGAGCUGCUUUCCCUGUCAUUGUUGAAGCGGGUUCCUGUGCCGAUAUUGGGGAAGUUUACCAAUGACUACAGGUUUUCGAAUGCUUUUUCGAGUGCAUUCACGAGGCAUUCAGGGAUAUUCUAUAUGUCACUAAAAGGUGGGAUCAAGACUGCAGUGCUGAGAGAGGCAUAUAAGGGUGAUGAGUUGAUUGAUAAAGAUCCGUUACUUGGGAUAAAGGAUAAGUUUGUUGAGUUGCUGGAGGAAGGAUGGAGGGAGAGAGCCGAGAUGUUGAGGGUGCAAAGAGAACAAGUUAAGAAGGAUAUGGAAAUGAUGGCAGCAAAGAAUGGGGAAUUGAGUGAACAAAGUUGUGAAGAGGCAGAGCUCUGAGUUUGAACAGGUAAAAAGUUUGGCUUGGAGUUUGAGUUAUUGAUGAUGCUGAGCUCUAUAUUUGGUUUUGAGAGGAUUUCACUUAUCUAAUAGAACACAGUGGUUUAGAGAGGAACUACAAUGCAGGCACCUUGCACUUUUGUCCGGGAUAUCUUCAGAUUGUUGCUUGACUUUUUCAAGAACAAGGAGCAUGAAUUGGUUUUCUUAUCCAAAGUAUUGGGUCUUUGGUACUCUUCAUUUCUGUUUGGAAAAGCUGUUUCACUAGUUCAUGACUGAUUAGAAUCCAUGCUUUGUAGCUUUUCUUUGAGAAGUUAGUCCCCAUUCUAGCUUUCAACGUUUUGUUAUGGAUUAGCACUUUUACAGUACUUGUUGCAACUUCCUUCUUUGUGCGGCCUUGAAAAGAACUUGGAAAGGGUCCUUUGAAAGGGAAAGCCCAAUUCUUGUAUAAUGAAUUUCUUAGAAACCGAGCAUCAAACCUUUUUGGGUUGAAGUUGCAUGAGAAAAUCACACCUAUUUCGGCAUGUUGUAUUUAUGAGUUUGGUCAUGAUUCGCAUCAGGUGGCUGCUACCCUUGUCUUUUUUGAGUUCUUGAUGACUCAAUUUCCACAGGUUCCUCUAUGACUUUGUUUCUCGAGUUUGGGGGAACUCAGUUUUGGUUGAGUGUCCAUUGUAUUUAUUGAUUCAGAUCGGAGAUGUGGAUUUUCAUAGAGAUUCACUGCAUCAAAGGGUAUACUUAUCUUAAUGGCUAAGAGGGCGGAGAGGGACUGAAAUGGUCGUGUGAUCAUAUGGGGGUUUCUCUUUGCUUCCAUUCUAUUGACAGGGACCUGAUUCAAGCAAUGGAGGCUUGUUUCUCCUUAAUAAAGUGGUAGGUUUUACGCGUUUCAGAAUUUUGUUUUGUACGGGGUUGAGGUCCUCAAUUGCUUUCCUCGUUCUGUAUGUUUCAGAAUAUUGGUCCUCAAUUGAUGUAAUACUUUCGUUCUUUAGGAAAUAGAUGUCUAAACAAAAAGUUUAAAUAUGAUUUAAAUCCCAAUACUUUAUGUAUAUUUGGAAUUGGUUUUUUAUUUUUAGGAGUUUAUUUCUUUUGUUUUCUUGCAA